UAGUUCAGUAGGUGGCGAGCGGGCGAGCGAGAGAGCGAGCGAGCGAGCGGUGGUCGCGCAGCAGCAGCAGCAGCAGCCGAAAGCAAGCACCCUUUCUGCACAUCGUUGUGUGGUCGACGUACGGUUCCCGGCCGGCCGGUGUGCUGAUGCACGCAACGCGUGCCCCUUGGGACAGUGUCGUACGCCUCGAGGCUCCCGGCCGCGUCCAUGUCCGGCGAAACUGAGAAGCCCAUUUUUCGUCUGGUUGGCGGCCAAGCGUUCGCAGUUUGCAUUUUGGCGGUCCUCGCGCUGUUUGCUCAGCUAGCGCAUGGCUCGUCAUCGCUCGUGUUGCCUUUCGAGGCGGUUGACGCUGCUCUGGCGCUGCAGCGGCCGGCGGUGACGGCGGCGUCGCUCACCCUCUCAGGAGAGGAGGACGUGAGCAUCGAAGGCUCCUCGACGUCACCUGUGUGCCACAACUUUUCUUUUGGUGCACCAGACAAGAAGGAGUUCUACUCGCCUAACUACCCCAAUAACUAUCCCAACAACACUGACUGCGUUAAAGUUUUGAAAGCGGAUCCAGGCCACCUCCUACGUCUGGACUUUCGGGACGACUUCCACCUGGAGCCGAGCGAAGACUGUCGUUAUGAUUACUUGGAGGUGCGUGACGGUGCGCACGGCUACUCGACGCUCAUUGGCACUUACUGCGACAACCAUUUCCCUCCGAUGCUCACCAGCUCGGACAGGUACUUGUGGCUUCGUUUCCGUUCCGACGAGAACAUCGAGUACUCGGGUUUCAAGGCUGUUUACCAGUACAUCCCGAGGCCAACUUCGGCUGUGCACCAGCCAGAAAUGGACAUGUGCCGAAUCGACGUCGGCGGCAUGGAGGGCUGGGUCAACCGUUCGGACAUCGAGAGCCACAGGGUGGCCCAUUCGAUGACCUACGGAGUGCCUCUCGACUGCAUGUGGGUCAUCCGUGUGAAAGAAGGUUGGAAGAUUCAACUAGCAUUCCUAAAGUUCAAACUGGAGAAGCCGAAUGACUGCGACAGCAACUUCGUCGACGUCUUCUCCACGCAGACCGACCUGCCGAACCGACUGAAAAACUUUUGCGGCAGCAUCGCCGACUCGGUCACCAGCACGACCAACGUGUUGCACGUGCGCUUCUUCGGCGAGGCCAAGGCCAUCAACUCGACCUUCGAGGCCCUGUACACCGCCUUCAGGGACAAGGCCGCUGGACAGGGCUGCGACAGCGAUGAAUUCGACUGUGAGGACAACACUUGCAUAUCGCGGAGUAUGCGCUGCAACGGUCGAAUCAAUUGUCGUUUUCGAUGGGACGAGGACGAGUGCAUCAGCAAGCACGUGUCGAUACUCAACUCGGAGCACAUCAUCAUUAUCCUCGUUAUUUUCACGUUGAUCUUGUCGGGAAUGUGCUUCGCCUUUGUCUUCAAUUGCACGCGCAAGCUAAUCCGCGACCACAGAAUCAUGAAGGAGCACAUGCGUCAGUCGCGCGAGAACCGGCUGGACGACGUGGGCCGCGGCCCAUGUCCCGAGCUGCACACUGUGUCGAUGACCAUGCUGGCGGACAACGCGAGCGGCUCGUUCGGCGCCGACAAGAUCCGCGCCUCGAUGACGCGCUACUCGUCGGAGCCGCCGCGGUGCCGCGACACGACGCCGGACGAGGAGGAGCCUGGGCACGGAUGCUACGUGCCGACGCUGGCCGGUGACCCCGGGGGCAGCCCGUUGCCCACGGCCCUGCACGACUGCCCGCACGGAAAGCGGUACAACGGGCUGUACGCAGGCGCACACGACUCGUUCCCCACCAUCAGCAAGAGCCCGAGCAUCGAGGUGCGCGACAACGAGUGUCAGACGCGCAGCAGCCUCUUCCAUCAGAGCGACGUCAUCCCCCCUCCACCGCCGGCCCCGCGGUACGCCAUGCGCAUGCCUAUGGCCGUGAUGGUGGGGGGAGAACCGCGUCCCUACGCCUACGGCGCACGCGCGGGCAUUCCGGGCCGCGGCGACUGAGCGGCUAGCGGCCGAAAGGGACAGGGCCGCCGCGGACUCUGCCGGUGCGUUGGCCGCCGAUGUGAUUGUGACCCUGUGAGUCACGCUCUCGAUCGGUGCUUAUUAUUAAAUAUUUAUAAUCUCGAGAAGAUGCUCAUCCGUUAUUUAUUGUGUUUGUUUUGUUGGUGGACAACAUCAUGCACUCACCUUACUUAUCUCAGUUGGUUCUUUGGACCUUGAUUAAGUUUGCAACUCGUUUAAGUGUGUUGACUAUUAUAUAUUUUCUUUCUCCUGUCCACGUGUAUCGCCAACGUUAUUAGGAAGUGCACAAAUUUAAUAUUUUUCACACCAAUUUAUGAUUUGACAAUAAUUUGACAUGCAUUUUUGCAGUACAUUUAUUAUUUUGAAUGUAUUACUUCGCACGCAAAUCAAGCCCCUGCAAAGUUGCGUUUUAUGCAACCUGCGUGUCACGACGGAUGCACUCCGCCGUUGAUUAUUAUUUAUUUGUGGUUCGUGUUUUAUCUUUUCGUUUCUGCAAUAAUAUCACGUGAAUUCUUCACAGCUCGAUUGUAAAGGACCAAAAAAAAGUUUCUUUGACUGCACGUAGCAAAGUCCAAUUUGUCGAUUCAGCGUCGCAGAUGAUGAGCAGCUCAUUAAAUCUGACGUCGCUGCGGCUUCUCGCAACAUAAUAUUACGCGACAAAUCCCGUGGCCGCGCAUAAAAAGCAUCUCGUUAUAUUUGCGGGGCGCCGCCCACUUUUCAUUUAAUUAUGCACGACAGAAAUUUUGUUUAACCAGGAAUGCGCCAAAAACGCGACACCACGCACCUUUCACCCGUGCAUGCGAGCCUAGCAAAAGCAGCUUUAAUUGAAUAAUUAAUGUUUCGUGUACACUACACACAGCACACACACACUAAUGUUGAUGUCCUACAUAAAGACGCGCACCCGCUGUUGUUUCUCGUGUUGCAGAGAGGCGUUUAAUUAAAAGUUGGCAGUUUCUCGAGACUCCGCCGGCCGUGCCACCGAAGCUGCGUCUCCAGAGGUUUGGUUGGAAGGUGCGGUUGGACACACAGUAUCAUGAUUGAUAGGGUGUAGAGAAAGAAAAGUAUGUGGAGUUGCGCCGUCGGCGAGACUGCCCUGGGACACGACGAUUUUUUUACAUAAUUCUGGUGCAGAGCAGACUGUCGGUGCUCGAACGAAAAAAAACACGGGAGAGAGUGAGCUGCUUUUUUACUCAUACACACACACACACAUAUCACACCCCGCCGCGUUGUAGUUGACACACAUCCCAUUAUUAAUGGCCAAUCAAGCCCGAAAGCCGCUGCUGCCGCACGCACGCCGCCCUUUCCGGAUGGCAAAAUGUGCAUUAACUUUUUGGAUGGUGGAUUAUUUUUGAGCGACGAUAAAUUGCAGGCCGAACCAUUGAAUGAAUUGGACGGGCACGACAUCGGUGAUUUCGCGUGUUGCGCGAUUUUUAGGGUUGAUCAGUUGCUUUCGAAAGUGCCUAAAUAUUCGGUAUGGUUUCUCUGUGUGAAAACAUUAUAAAAUUAAAAUUAAUUAGAUGUAUAUUUGGAAUUUUAGAAGUGUUUUCAUAGGUAAUCGCUGUUUGUACAUUUGGCGGCUAAAAUCAACCUCCUAUAUAUUCGAAUAAAUUGAAAGCAACUCUGUUUGAAUUUUCUGGUUGAUUAUGCAAGCACGGAUGAUAAAGGGUAUUCAAAGUCACCCAUCCAAAACACAAUCUCUAGCGAAUGAAACGUGCACAUUAAUCGUGCUUUCCCAAACGAAAACAAUCAAAUGUGAGAAUUCUAAAAUAGUACUUGUAACUCUCUGACAGAUAAAAAAAUAGCACAAGUGGCGGCUGAGUUUUGUAUAAAGAGUAAAAAGCGAGUGAUGCGUACACGUGAAAGGCAAUAAAUUAAAAAGCAGCGCGUUGGUCAGACAGCGUGUUCAAAUUGCUAAUUACCUUGCAUGUGAAACUGAUAUACACGCCCAGAUAGCAGCUGCUGCUCUGACCAAUUCAGUUGAGCUCUUUUAAUAAUUUAUCCCUUUGAGUGCUAAUUCAAACGAGCACCACCUUUUUUAAUUGGAACCUGAAAGAGUCGUUUGUUGCAAAUGAAUGUUUCAAUGUAAAUUUUUUAAAAGAGCGAUUCACUGUACUAACUGUAACGGAUUUAUACAUAUCUUAAUUUAAAUAGUAGCUAAUUUGGUGGUGUUUCCUUGACGACCACGAUUGUGAAAAUAAUAUCUUGAAGAUAAUUUGGUUUGCAUUGCUGGCUAGUGCAUAUUAUUUUAUUAUUUUCUCAAAAUGAAUAAGUCGUAACGAUCGCAAAAGUGUAUUAAAUUUAAGUUAAUUUAUAAAUUCAUUUAAAUGAGAAGGUUUGAAUUGGAAUUUUCCACUAACGUCAAAUUGAAUUUCCAGAGCAGCAAUAAAUUUGAUUUAAUUUCAGGAAUAUCAACACUUGAAAUUAAUUCAUGGCAGGCACUGAGCGUGAAGAUAUUUUGUGUAGAGGUCGUCUGAGAGCGCAGUGUGUUCAAAAAUAAAAAAGAGUUCCAUUGUUGUGUCGUCGCAAGCCGUGCUCACGAACACUCUCUGUUAAUAAAUAUAUAUAUAGUGCGGAUGAAAAAAAAUAGACUCUCUCCCUCAGUCGGCACAAAUUGUUACUGUGUUGUUCUACUCGGCGACAGGUGCAUACAGUGAUCUCUCCAGGGGAAAGUGUUUUCCCAACCAGAAAACGAUGAGAUAACGCGAUAUACCAACACACACAGACAUAUAAACAAGCAGAAUUAAUGAAAGAGAACAAAACGCCCCGGCAAGAGGCAAAUAAACUAUAUACUGGUUGAUGUUAUUCAUUCUCUUUUCUCUCUGAAUGUGAACACCGAAUAACUCUUUCUUUUUUAUGAUUAUCUUUCUGCUCUUCCGUGCGAUGUGUCGUUGAUUUUUCCACCUCAUUACUGCGCGCACAGCUUUACGUUGGCGCGCGAUUAUUGCAACAUUCUGCCACCGCGACAAACAGCUUCAUUUUUGUCAUGCAUAAAUAUUAUACUUCUUGUCUCGCACGCCCUGCUAUGUAGCGCGGGCUGUUUCGCGUAAAUCGCGUGUCUUUGUUUCGACGUUUGUGUAAAUAGAGUGAGUGGCCCGCGUACCUUUGUUGUCCAAGAAUCACACCCAGCACUUGACAAAAAAACGGGGAUAUUUUCGUGUGCACGUCGCGUUUCGUUUCGCGAUUGUAUGAAUUAUAAAUUUCAAGCUCUGCUUGGUCUUUUGUCCCGUCUUUGUAUUGUUCUGCUCUCUCUCUCUCUCUUCCCCUCGGAUGACGCCGCGGAAUCGUGCUAGUCUUCUCGUUUCUCUUAAGUUAUCUUGCGUGUUUAAUUUUAUAUUAAUUAGCAUCUUGAUAUGACGAGCAGUACAAUUUUGUUGCUAAUACACGACACUACUUGAUUUUGUUUUGAAUGCGAAGAGUCGACGCGCUGUGUUUUAUCAUAUACAUACAUAUAUUAUGUACUUGUUGCCUGUUUCUGUUAGACAAACUCAAAAUGCUCAGGUGUAUGUUGAUCAACUAUAUUGUUAUUAAUUGUUUCACAACACACUCACGUAUGUACAAUUCCUUAUACAUAAUAAUGUACUCAGUGAAUUCACUCACACGAACACACGCAAAACUUUUACAAGGGGAGGGGGAUGAAUAUAUGAAAAUAAAGCAGACACUUCUUCUGACGAGA